AUGGCCUCGGCAGAGCGGCUCUGCUGCGGCGGCCUCGCGACUGUGCAGUGGGCAAAACGCGGACGUCUUGAGAAGGCACCGGCCCCGGGAGAGUGGCGGGAAAUCCAAGGCAUCGGUGACAGUGUCGCGCCGAUGGCUUCUGACAUUCAAUUGGCGUUCGUCAAGCAAGAAAUAGAUGAUAAUGCAGGGCUUGGGACGUGGCUAGAUUUCAUGGAGAGACUGCAAGACAUUGAUGCUGGAGACAAGAAGACUGCGAGCGCCCCCGGCGACAAGCGGCACGCGUGCGGGCAGUGCGGCAAGUGCUUCAUGGGUGAGACGUCGUACGUGUGCCUUGAGUGCGGCAAGGGCUUCGCGCAGGCCUGCAACUUGAACUUGCAAGUGAGGACGCACACGGGCGAGAGGCCGUACGUGUGCAUGGAGUGCGGGAAGAGUUUUCCCAGGUGCUCCAACAUGAAGAAGCAUGCCAGGACGCACACGGGCGAGAAGCCGUACGUGUGUGAUGAAUGCAGUGUGUGUGGGAAGGCGUUUUCACGUUCAUCUACUCUUGUAACACACCAGAGAACACACACGGGAGAGAAAACCUUCAAGUGCAGUGUGUGUGGGAAGGCGUUUUCACAGUCACCAAAUCUUCAAAGACACCAGAGAAGACACACGGGAGAGAAACCCUUCAAGUGCGGGGUGUGUGGAAAGGCGUUUGCACAGUCACCACAUCUUCAUGUACACCAGAGAACUCACACAGGAGAUAAACCCUUCAAGUGCAGUGUGUGUGGGAAGGCCUUUUCAGUUUCAUCUGCUCUUGUAACACACCAGAGAACACACACGGGAGAGAAACCCUUCAAGUGCAGUGUAUGUGGGAAGGCGUUUGCACAUUCAUCUACUCUUGUAAAACACCAGAGAACACACACGGGAGAGAAAACCUUCAAGUGCAGUGUGUGUGGGAAGGCGUUUUCACAGUCACCAAAUCUUCAAAGACACCAGAGAACACACACGGGAGAAAAACCCUUCAAGUGCGGGGUGUGUGGGAAGGCGUUUGCACAGUCACCACAUCUUCAUGUACACCAGAGAACUCACACAGGAGAUAAACCCUUCAAGUGCAGUGUGUGUGGGAAGGCGUUUUCAGUUUCAUCUGCUCUUGUAACACACCAGAGAACACACACGGGAGAGAAACCCUUCAAGUGCAGUGUAUGUGGGAAGGCGUUUGCACAUUCAUCUACUCUUGUAAAACACCAGAGAACACACACGGGAGAAAAACCCUUCAAGUGCGGGGUGUGUGGGAAGGCAUUUGCACAGUCACCACAUCUUCAUGUACACCAGAGAACUCAUACAGGAGAUAAACCCUUCAAGUGCAGUGUGUGUGGGAAGGCGUUUUCAGUUUCAUCUGCUCUUGUAACACACCAGAGAACACACACGGGAGAGAAACCCUUCAAGUGCAGCGUGUGUGGGAAGGUGUUUGCACAUUCAUCUUCUCUUGUAACACCCCAGAGAACACACACAGGAGAGAAACCCUUCAAGUGCAGUGUGUGUGGGAAGGCGUUUUCACAGUCAUCAACUCUUCAUGGACACCAGACAACACAUAAGCAUCAGAAGAUCAACAAGGAGUGGAGUCUGAAAUCAGCUUGUGAAAGUCAAAGUGCCGCAAUGAGCCCAUCCCGUCCCGAGUUCUCGCCGCCGUCCGUCGUCGGCCUCGGCCUGGCGGAGAAUCUCGGCGCCGCGGGCGCCCUCCUCGACUCCGGCUCUCCCUGCCGCGGCGCCGAGUCGCCCUCUGGCCUCCGCUCGAGCCGGCGCCCCGAGCGCGAGCCGGGGCCGCCCCUCCCAGCCGGCGCUCGCAUCGGACGGCGGCGCUCGCACGCGCGAGAGACGAGAGAUGCCCCGUUUACCGUGCGAGCGGUGAAUGGGGCACACUUAGCUUGGCGCGAGCGCCGGAGGCCACUGCGCUAG